CUUCCCUUUCGUGUGAUUGUAGUGCUGCGGAUUGCUCUUAAUUUGGUUUUAUUAUUUGGCACUGCUUUCUUGAAAUAUCCUUUAAAUGUACCACAUUUAAUCAAUUUACGUGGCAAUUAGGUAUCUCACAUCUCGUGCACAUGUCGGUCGUUGACACUUGACAGUAAAUGACAGUUCUUUCUUUUUUUUUUUUUAAUAUAUUUUUUUUUCUCUCCUUAAUCCCUUUUCUACCAUUGAUUUUAAAUAAUUUGAGGCCUUAUGGUUAUGGCCACAUAUCAAUGGCAACAAUUAGAUAAGUAAGGAAUGGUGUUUUUUAAUAAUUUAUUUGUAUUUUAAAUCUAAUUUAUUUUAUUUAAAUGUGUUUUAAUUAUGUAAUUAAUAAUUAAAAUCUAAAUUUAUUGUAAUUUAUUAUAAUUGUAAUUUUUUAUUUUUUUAUUAUUAUUGUAAUUCAUAAUUUAUUAAUGUAAAAUGAAUUUAUUUUUAUUAUUUAAUUUUUAUGGUGCUUUUUUGUUUCUUUCUUUUUGUUUGUUUGUUUUCUCUUUUUCUAUUGCGCCCCCCUGCUGCGUUCUCCCUGCUGCCGGACUUGUGGACUCCUUUCUCCUCUUGCAUCUCCGUCAGCAGGGGUACGCCGUGACAACAGAGGGCCCCCGCUGAAAAUCAGUUUCAAGACAAGCCCUGGCGGUCUUGAUGUACGCUGAGCGGGUGCCUUUUUGUCGGAGGGGCACAAGCAGUUAAUUGUCCACUUGUUUAUUUCUCUCUGUUUUAAUCUAUGUCUUACCUGCUUGUAUACCUUUCUUGCAAAUAAAAAGUUUUCUAUUCUAUUCUAUUCUAUUCUAUUCUACGCUGGCGGAGCGCGCCGGGCUGUGCGGCCGUCGGGAGAAAAUGCGGGUGUGCGGCGCGUGGACCAACAAUGAACUAGUUCUGGAUGCGACAAUAGUGAGCGUGGACAUUUCGGAGGGCGGAGACUAUCCCACUGAAAAUCACCUGUUGCAGGAUAUUCACGACGAGAUCAGGCGUUCAUUCACCUUGGACUCAUUGGGCGUCUUGGGGCCAGAUUUACUCUUGUCGUUGUUAGGUGUCAUGCUGCGGUUCCGAGAAAAUAAAAUUGCAGUGACUGAUGACAUCAAGGACAUGUUUCUAAGAGUGAAGAUCAAGCCUGAGGAUCAGCAAGCGUUUCGAUUUUUAUGGAGAAGUAAACCCAAGGAAUCCGUUAAAACGUAUGUAAUGUCAUCUUUAAUAUUUGGUGCUAACUGCUCGCCAUUUGUAGCUCAAUUUGUUAAGAACAAGAACGCUAAGCGUUUUGAGAGUUCUAAGCCGGCUGCGGUUGAUGCAAUAAUCAAUUCGCACUAUAUGGACGACUAUAUCGAUAGUUUGCCGGACCAAGAAAGUGCCAUUAAUGUAGUGAGAGAUGUGAUUGAGAUACACAAGGCGGGAGGUUUCGAAAUACGUAAUUGGACGAGUAACAGCAGCGCCGUGCUAGACAGCAUUCCAAAAGAGGCUUUAGGUCCAGUGGCUGUCAAGUUCAAAAUAGACGAACAGUUGCAAGGAGAGCGUAUUCUGGGCCUAAUGUGGUACCCGAAGGAAGACGAACUCGGUUUUGAUGUCUCUUUGAAACGGAUUCCUGAGAGUGUCAUUCAUGGUAAAGACAAACCUACAAAACGUUUGAUGUUGCGUGUCAUAAUGUCUGUGUUUGAUGUUUUAGGUUUUUUAUCGCCCUUCACUAUACAAGGAAGAAUUAUGCUGCAGGAUACUUGGAGGAUAAACGUCGGUUGGGAUGAUUUGAUACCCGAUGACAUUUACACAAGAUGGUGCCAAUGGAUCGACAUGCUGAAGGUAAUUAAUCAGAUUCGUAUCCCAAGAUGCUACGUAAAUGUCCACCGAACAACCGACGACAGCAUGGACCCUAGUACUGAAGCCCCUGUAGCAAAGAUGUCUUUGGUGGAGAGCCCUAUACCGAAUCACUGCCAAGCAGACGCACCAACUUUCGUAGAGGCCGGAGGAAAUAGUGCUGCGAAUGGUAAAAACUUCAGCGACCUUCAACUUCAUGUUUUUAGCGAUGCCUCUACAAAGGCUAUGAGCGCGGUUGCGUAUUGGCGUUGGAAAGAUGGUGAUAAAAUUUGUGUUGCAUUUUCAGCCAGUAAAUGUCGUGUACUGCCGGUUAAGCCGAUGACUGUGCCGCGAGCUGAACUCCAAGCUGCUGUCCUGGCCGCAAGAUUGGCGGACACGAUUGGGAAGGAGCAUCGACUUGCUCCUGAACGGCGCUUCUUUUGGUCUGAUUCAACCACAGUCAUCCAUUGGAUAAGAAAUAGCACACGGAAAUAUAAAGUUUUUGAAGCGAACCGACUGGGUGAAAUUGAUGAGCUUACUCGUGUGAGUGAGUGGCGACAUGUUCCAACCAAAAUGAACAUAGCAGAUUUGGCUACAAGAGAUUCGUUCAACUUAGACUGUUUUCGAGGCGAAUGGUUUACGGGGCCUUCUUUCCUGUACGGCGUUGAAACAUCAUGGCCCGCAGGUAUGGUUCAACCUGAAACAGAACAAAUGCAGUCGGGUUACGUCAUGGUUAUGGAAAAUUCGCUUGAAGCCUUACCUGUGCCUGACCCGCAUCGCUUUUCGUCCUGGCUUCGCCUGGUAAGAGCUACGGCGGUCGCACUCAAGUUUAUUGACAAGUGCAGAGGACUUACCGGUGAUGUAAACUGCGACACUAUGCGUCGAGCGGAAUCUCUGUUGAUAAAAAAGGCGCAGAUGGACUCCUUUAGCGAUGAGAUCACGGCAUUAAGGAAUGGGAAAUGUGUAGAUCGCAGUAGCCGGUUACUUACCUUAACUCCCUUUGAAGAUGAGCAGGGUUUGCUUCGAGUUGGAGGUCGCAUUGACGCAGCAGAAGACGUUAAUCUUGAGAUGAAAAGGCCCGUCAUACUGGAUGGAAGACACAGAGUGGCACGCCUCAUUGUGAGGCACCAUCACGUCAAGGCCGCUCAUGGGAAUCAAGAAACCGUCGUCAAUGAGUUAAAGCAGAAAUAUUGGAUUAUUAACUUAAGACCUACCGUGAAAACUGUGGUGUCGCAGUGUAUGUUGUGCAGAAUAAGAAAAUGCACUCCACGAAUUCCACGUAUGGGAGAUUUGCCGCAUGCUCGGUUGGCGCACCACAAUCGUCCAUUUACUUACUGCGGCCUAGACCUUUUCGGGCCCAUGGAAGUAGCUGUAGGAAGGCGACGCGAGAAAAGGUAUGGCGUGUUGUUUACCUGCUUAACCGUUCGUGCAGUGAACAUAGAAAUAGUCCCAUCGCUGUCUACAGACUCCCUAAUAAUGGCUCUAAGAAGAAUGGCAGCCCGUCGUGGAUGGCCUAGUCACCUGUUUUCAGAUAACGGGACUAACCUUCGCGGCGCUGAAAAGGAACUGGCCAGAAGCAUUGCCGGCUUAGACCAAGAAGCUCUGAAAAGGGAGGGAGUUAACAACAACAUGACUUGGAAUUUUAUACCUCCGGCUAGCCCCCACUGGGGUGGGGCGUGGGAGCGUUUGAUCAGGACUGUAAAAACGUCGCUUAAAAUUGUCAUUGGAGAGAGAACCCUAAAAGAGGAAACGCUAUCGACGCUAAUGGCGGAGGUGGAGAACAUGGUCAAUAGUCGCCCAUUGUCGCAUGUGUCAGUAGAUCCGACAACGGGAGAGUCGUUAACGCCGAAUCAUUUUCUUUUAGGAAGCUCUUCAAAUCUGCCUUGUAUCGGGGAAUUUGAUGACACCGACUUGCAUCUGAGGAAGCAGUGGCGGAAGGCGCAACGCUUAGCAGACAUGUUCUGGAAAAGAUGGGUGCGAGAAGUUUUGCCAGACAUGCUGCCACGGAAAAAAUGGAACUCAGAGCAGGCGCCGUUGCAGGUGGGUGACUUGGUGUUAGUUGUGGACCCAAGUUCUACUCGUAAUACAUGGCCCAAAGGGAUUAUUCAUCGGGUCUAUCCUGGAAAGGACGGACGCAUCAGAACCGUGGACGUCAAAACUAAGACCGGAAUUUGGCGUAGGUCAGCGGCGCGCGUCGCCCCAAUAUCCUUGGAUAGUGAGUGCUGUUCCAGCACUAGGGUGGGGAGUGUUGCCGAUGCAUAAAACCUCCGUAGAGGUUUUUCUCUUAGGUUUGAUUUUCAUUAAAAAACUUGGUUUGACGUCUGUGUCAGUUGAAAAGUAUUCCGUGCAAAAGCUGGUGG